AAGGCCAGAGGCCUACCACAAGUUGAUGAUGGUGAAUGGUGAUGAUGAUGAUGAUGAUGAUGGAGCUGGGUAUUUACGGAGAUGCCGCCAAAGAGAUAUUUUUAAAUGGUUUAAAAAAAGGAAUAGGCUUUGAUGCUGCCGCUGCCCUUCGGACGCCCUGCUGCUGUGUAUUUUCUGGUUUCGAUGAAUGAAUUUUUGGCGCAAAAUAUUGAAAACACGUUUUAUCACGUAACAAAGCAUCUUGACCCACUGUGGUGCGAACAACUUGCGCACCACAAAAAGGCGAAAGGCAAUGGCAAGGAAGCGAGUGCCGUCAUUGUUGUUGUUCCUGCUGGUGCUGGUUGUUUGACAUAUUCUGUAAUUGAAUUUCAAACAAGGCGCAUUACAGGGCAGCCAGGACAGGGCAGGACAGGACGGAGAUUACAACACUCUGGUAGAUCCACAACCACAACCACAUCGACAUCCACCAAGUCCAAUGAUGGCAGCCUUCAGCCUGUUGCGCGCUAUUCCCCAGGACAAGGAAAUUGAGUUUUUGCUCCAUUUGUUUGAGUAACCAGCGGCCAGGCGCUAAAUUCAGUUAACAUGCCUACUUGGUGGCUAACAGAGGAGCAGAAAGGCGAAUGGAAUGGAAAAGCAGAUGAAUCAGGAGGAGCACAGGAUGCCUGUUGAUUGGCUGUUGGCUCAGUAAGCCUUCACUUCGUCCUGUCAGCAGGUAAAGCAAAUCCGAAACACUUUUUGAGAAGGAAAUCAGUAAGACAGUUUUAUUUAUCUCGCUGUUUCUGAUUUAGCCAGAGAGCCACUACCAUUCAGACUCUCUAGAUAGUGAUUUGGCCUCUGAAGCUUAAAGCCAAGUAAAUUAAUUCCCAACAUU